AUGGCUGCGCACGCAACCCCACAGCCCUGCCCGCGGCACGGCGCCCCGGCGCUCCUGCUCCUCCUGACGGCUCUCGCCACCGCCCUCGCCUGCCACCACCUGCGGCCACGCCACGCCACCCUCACCUGGGACAGCCUCAACCUCCUCCAGGCCAUGGCUCCCAGCCCGCCACAGCCCUGCCACCACCAGCAGCCGCCAUCCUUCCCCGACACCCUCCUCCACGACAACCACACGAACCAAGGCGCCGCCACCGCCCUCCACAUCCUCCAGCACCUCUUCGACACCCUCAGCAGCCACAGCACCCCCCGCCACUGGGACGCCCAGGCACGCCACCAACUCCUCAACAGCCUCCACCACCACAUCCAGCAGCUCCAGCAAUGCCUGCCAGCCAACGGGACGCGCUUCAAAAGGCAAGGGCCCCGCAACCGGCUGCUCAGCAUCAACAAGUACUUCAGCCGCAUCCAUGACUUCCUCCGUGCCCACAACCACAGCGCCUGCGCCUGGGACCACGUCCGCCUUGAAGCUCGCGCCUGCUUCCAGUACAUGGACACACUUAUACGGCGGAUAAAAAGCCAAGCCACUCCUGCCCUCUACCAAAGCCACCCGCAUGCACCCCCACCACCGCUUCAGGACCGCCACCCAAUCCCUCCCCACCUCUGUCCUCCAGCUCCUCCGAUCGCCCAGGGACAGGAGCCCCUGGCAGAACGGCCCUGCACCCACAGCCCCCCUGCUGGAAAGGAAGGAUUAUGGAACUCGUGCUAUUAUUUAGACAAGGAGUGGAUGUAUUUAUUCACCUAUUUAUUCGACAGAAAAUAA